GUCAGUCUGUUCGUCACCGUCAGUACUUGCAUUUCCAAAUAUCCAAAAUAAAUUGUAUCGAAUGAAACAAAUCUUUGUUUAUUGUAUGGAAGGUUGAUUUAUUCUGUGAUUCGUCUCUUAAAAUGGAUACAUACGAGAGUGUGAUACUCGUAAAAAAUGAAGUUUUUGUUUUUAAAGUACCCCCUAAAACUACAAACAGAGGAUAUAGAUAAAAAGUGGGUGUUUUUUAGGGCAGCAGAUUGGAACCUGCAAGAGCCACAAUGGACUGGACGCAUGAGGCUAGUUUCGAAAGGGGAGGAAUUGGUAAUGAAGCUAGAAGAUAAAACAUCUGGCCAGCUUUUUGCUAAAUGCCCUAUCGAUAAAUAUCCGGGGGUGGCUCUCGAAUCUGUGACGGACAGCUCGCGUUACUUUGUUGUAAAGAUUCAGGAUGAUAAUGGUCGCAGUGCUUACAUUGGACUGGGAUUUGGUGACAGGUCCGACUCGUUCGACCUCAAUGUGGCCCUUCAAGACCAUUUCAAAUGGCUAAGAAAAGAACAGGAAGGCCCUGCCGCCCCCGCUCAGCAACUAGACCUUGGUUUCAAGGAUGGAGAGACAAUUAAGAUCAACAUGAAAAUUACUAAAAAAGACGGUUCAGACACGAAGCCCCGUCGCGGCGUGGGCGCCGGGCUGGCCGGGGGGCUGCUGCCGCCGCCGCCGGGCGGCUCGCGCCUGCCGCCGCCGCCCUCGCCGCAGCACGCGCCCUCGCCCGCCGGGCCCGCCGCUCCCGCCAGCUCGGAGUGGGGCGAUUACAACUCUGCUAGUGCUCCGAGCCAACAGGCCACGACUCCAGCAAGCCAGCAGAACUGGGUUCAAUUUUGAAUUUGUACAUAGAGUAUUAUUGUGAUUUGAUGUCUGUAAGUGUAGAGUGAGUGUGUUCUGCACAAUACUUAUUAAUAUACUUAAUAGUGUAGAAUUCAUAUUAACCUGCCUGUAGGCCAGAACCGUCAUAUUUUGUUGCAUUAAUAGCCAGAUGAACUUAAAGAAGACGUUAGAUGACAGAUCACAAUAAUAUAUCGCUAUAAUUAUAGAAAUACCGUUAGUAACGUAUGAUUUUUCUGUAUAUGUUGUAGCUCUACCAUCGAUAAAGGAUGUAUGUCAAGUCGUUCACUUUAUAUGUGACAUUCCACGGAUAAAGGUACUUUACACUUAUGCUAUUAUUAACAAUGCUCCAACUAACUAACUGCUACGAGAUGUACGCGCCGAUCACCAUAAGGUACUUUUACCCGUGAAACGUCACAAAUUGUUUUAUUUAUGUAAGUUUUAAAUAUAAAUUUGUUAUUAAUAGCUACUAAACGCAUCUAAAUUGGUUUUUGGCCGAA